AAAUGGCACCUCGUAAGGGCAAGGAGAAGAAGGAAGAACAGGUCAUCAGCUUGGGACCUCAGGUUGCUGAAGGCGAAAAUGUGUUUGGUGUCUGCCAUAUUUUUGCUUCCUUCAAUGAUACUUUUGUCCACGUGACUGAUCUCUCUGGCAAGGAAACCAUCUGCCGUGUGACUGGUGGCAUGAAGGUGAAGGCUGACAGAGAUGAGUCUUCUCCCUACGCAGCUAUGCUGGCAGCACAGGACGUCGCCCAGAGGUGCAAGGAGCUGGGCAUCACUGCUCUGCACAUCAAGCUGCGAGCUACUGGUGGGAAUAGGACCAAGACUCCAGGUCCUGGUGCCCAGUCAGCUCUGAGAGCUCUGGCCCGAUCUGGGAUGAAGAUUGGCCGCAUUGAGGAUGUCACCCCCAUCCCCUCUGACAGUACUCGCAGAAAGGGUGGUCGCCGUGGACGUCGUCUGUAAACAGUGCUGCACCUUUUGUCAUUAAAGCUCUCUUAUAAACUUC